AUGGCACUGUCACUUGUGAGUUAUGUGCGCUUGGUUACAAGGCGGUUCUUACCCUGUUGGGACGACGGAGCCAGUCGUCGGACAUUGCCCUUCUUGCGCAACUUAUGGCCCUCCCUUGCAACCCCAGAGGGCAUAAAACGGAACAGCUUCCGCUGUGGGCCGUUUGUCCGUCAUGUCAUGCACGCAGAAGAGGAACGGUCGAAUAAGAGGACGGAAGUUAUUUUAAUGCCAGGUGCUCUCAACUUUCCAAAACCUUCAAAUCUCAGAGAAGAAGAUUCCAAUGCCUUUGAUAGUGACAGCAGCUGCUCCUGUGCGUCGUCCUCAUUGCGAGUUUUGUCAGAAGCUGAUUCUGAUAGUGAAAAUGUUCAGAAGCACAUAAAAUCAGGUGAAGGCAAGGCGGCAAGUGACCGGACCUUAAUGAGCGCAGAUGUUAACGGCGAAGACGGGUCUGCAGUUCUGCAAUCACCAAGUGAUGCACUUACCGUCCUUCGAGACCGUCGGCAGCGUCGUCUAACCGCUAAGUAUGCAGAGGCCUUGGAGGAACAGACUCGCCGACGCAGAUUUUCUGCACGUAGGGGAAGUGGCAGUGGGAUUACGCAGCCAUCGAACUUAGCAGCCUCUUUGGAAAAGGUUUCCGUUGUUGAGAUAGCUCCUGCUGAAAAAGUUUCAGCUACAGAUGCUACUACUUUGAAGGGUGAUGCGCUAGCGCAGCACGACAUGUCUUCGACGAGCAUUAAAGCAGCAAAGAGAUCACGUCAAAGUACCACGCCGGUUAAAAUCAUUGAAGGCAAACGCAAACCCAAAGUGAAUUCCAGACUGCAAGGUGAUUACGCUGUGCUAGAUCUACAAGGAAAAUGGAAUAGUGCGCAAAAACCUCUUUUGCAAAGACGCCGUUCGAUCUGUCUAAGCGACGACGCCCGAAGCGACACCUCGUCAACUGCUACUUCCUGUGGUGGACUAGAUCGUCGAAAUCAUCGACGCAAUCACCCGAUUACACAAAAAAAGGGGGGUCCAAGAAUCAAGCAGGUUGGCCGAAAGCCUUUUGCAGAAUCAUCAUAUGAAAAAGCAAUGUCGGCCAUGGUGCAUGCGGCUAAAUUGGCUGCGGUCGGUGCCCAGACGCAGGACGGCACUAGUCCUCUGAUAGCCGCUUCGGCGGCCACUGCUGAGGCGUAUUGCUCAGAUGGUAGUUCCGCUGACGGCAGUAACCCAUUAAAGGUUGACUGUGGAAUUUGCGCGGCCUCGAUGAAAUCAUCGAAACAAGUCACGCCACCUCUUCCUGGGCCCACACCUCAGCCCUCCCUCCUCGAUACAGUUCCAGGUUUGCAGGAACAACUGUUGAGUCAUUCCAACGCGGCGAGUAGACUAUCACAACCCCAGUCUGCAACCUUAACCCAAUCUGCGUCAGUGGAUUCUUUAUCAUCUGCCACUUUGCGAGCCGAAUCUGCCAAUUCAUCUGUGGUCAACAACCUCGAAGUGUUUGCCGAUGCGCCAGUCCGGUCUCUUCGGGGUGGUGAUCUUGGAAUGCACUUCGCCCCGCACGACUCCACUGGUGAGGACGGGCCUGGCAGCUCUUCAAAGAAUAAAAUCAGACCUGUUGAUGGAGAGGUUAUUGAUAUUGAUCUUGCUUAUCAAGGUGGUUAUCCAGUUGUCACCACUUUAGCUGCGGCGCCACCUAAAGAGAUUUGCUAUGCUUGUGGAUCUGGUGGUGGCCAGGUAAAAAAUUGGCUCUUACCCUCGCACUGGCCUACCUUAGUAAGUUUCUCCGCAUCAUUUCAGCUGCUUUUCUGCGUGUCUUGUGCGGAGCCCUUCCAUUUCUACUGCGUAGAACGCCAGUUUCGCCCCAAGAAAAAGGAUCAUUUUCUAUGUCGUAAUUGUACACCCUGUGCAAAGUGCAACCAAUCGGCUUCGGAACUGCGGUGCAUCCGCUGUUUUACUGGGUUCCACCCCGGCUGUCUGGCUGGGUAUGCUCCCGCUCAAUCUGCCGAAAGAGGAAAAUGGGUACGUUUCACACCUGACGAUCAAGUUGGAAAACACAAGAAUUCUAAAGUGUGCCCCGACUGUACCCACUGUCUUCACUGCCUGGUGAAGCCACUGGACCGGGAAGUGGCUAGCUACCGGACGGGUGAUGUUUCCGCACGUCUUGUCCCCUGGUCCAGUGAACCCUCUAAAUGCGCCGAGUGCUCUGAAGCCGAGGCGAAAGGACAGGUCUGUCCCGAGUGCGACCGAGCAUACCUUCAGGAUACCAUGGAGAUGAUACAAUGUGACUCCUGCCAUCUUUGGCGUCACAGGGCCUGUGCGAAACUUACUUCUUCGAGCGGUUGGAGCAGGUUCUCAGGUGACAAACUCAAGGAUAAUCUUUUCUUCCUAAUAGCUGACCAAUAUGAAUUGAUCGCCAGGGCCCCUCCGAGUCAGCUCCGCACAUUCACCAUAUAUUGUUCUGCGUGUAAAGCGGAGGUGACUGCCCAUUCUUCUGACACUCAUGAAGGCGAAGGAGAUGAAAAACUUAGACGUAUGGCCAACGACACACUGACCAAACGAAUGCAAACUCUCGUUGAUGGUUGUACCAGCUCCCCAAUGCACCAUUCUAACGAUCUGGACCAGUCUCAGCCAAAUAGCUUCGCAGGAGGUGAAUCGAGUGAAGGUGCUACUGUUUCUGAAGGAUCUCCACAGCGACCUCCUCACGAGUCAAAUAGUCUUCCCCAACUUGACGGAGGCCUUGACGACUCUCCUGUUGAGAAUUCUCAAUCGAGUAGUUCACAGGUCAAUCCCGUGUCAUUCGAACAUACUCCUACCACCAACAAUGGAGGAACUCAUUUAAGACCGCCUUCACUUGUCAAGAAGGCGGCUGACGUGGCGUUUGUGCCUGCUUGGACAGUCCGUAUCCAUCUAAAUCCACCACCCAUGCAUGCUGCAUGGCUGGUAGAACGUUCAACAUCUGAUGAGUGGACGACACCUAGGGCAUUGGCAUACACGCUGCUUGCUCGGUUGAUUGCCAGAAUCGACAGUACCCCCGCCACUUCAACUGAUUUCCUUCCGUUAAGAAAGCUACUUGACUGGCUAUCGAAAUCCAUUGAGGUACUUUUUCCAUGGCUUCCUGCUUCCGAUUCAACCAAGGAAGUUCGCGACUUGCUUCGUCAAGCUCAAGGCUCCCUCUCAACGGUUGUCACAUUUUUGCGUACUACGGUGGAAUUGGAACUUUUCGAGCUCGCAUGCUCUCACAUUGCAGUGAUUUUGGAUGAGACCCGAACCCGCCUAGCCAUCCAGUCUUAUAUAUAUUCGCACGUGGCUAGAAUGCGAACACUGGGACUUUACGAGAAGUGCAGUCGCUGGGUCAACUCUCAUCUUCAGGCUUAUCAUCACGAAAUAGCUGAUUUUAGUCGUCAAGUUGAAGAUGCGCAAGAAUUCUUCAUUAAACACCGGGAAAUCCAUGCCAGGUGUUUUGACCCUCGCGUUCUUCAAGAGAAGUUGGAGGCACGCCUUGAGGCGAAGGAUGAAAAGUGGGUCGAGCACUGGUCAAACGUCGAGGACAGAAUUGCUAUCUUUAACUUCCAAAAAGAAUUAUUUCUCAAGUGGCAACGCAUACUCAAUGACCCUAUUCAGUCUCCGGUGAAGAACCCCCUUGGAAUAGAGAGUGUAGGUAGAAUUUCGACCAAGGACCCGAUUUACCACUUUGGUUCAAGUUUUUACUGGGAAUCCCUUGAACGGGAGUACGCUGAUCUCAUGCUUCCCGUCACCUCACCGCCCCCCGUCGACCUUGAUGAGAGCGAGCCAGAGACUGCCGAAGAGAGUGGCAUUAAGGCUCUCCCACUUGCAACUAUUAUUCAAGAAGAGAAGCGCCUCCUUUCGGGUUCCAUUGAAGAACCAAGGAAGUGCCUACUUUGUACCCGAAACACUGAUGACAGCAUCGAGGGACGAUUGAUAUACAUUGGAUCUGAUGUCUGGAUCCACGUCAACUGCGCUCUGUGGAGUAAUGAGGUGUACGAAGAGGAAUCAGGUCAGUUGGCUGGUGUUUCUGCCGCUUUGCGUCGUGGCGGACGUACUCGUUGCGAGGACUGCGGAAACCUAGGUGCCACGAUGACGUGUUCGAACUCCGUCGGUGGUUGUCGUUCAGUGGUGCACUUCACUUGUGCCCUGCGGCGCCGUCGCCCAACUUUUCCUCAGCCUGUUUUCACUGCGGAUCGGUCUUUCUUCUGCUCACCCACGUGCCACUCCACGGUGAGGCGCAUUCGUUUCGCGGAGGCUAUUCGCAACCUUAACUUGCGUAGGCACCACAGAUUCUACGUUGAUGAAGAAACAGAACAGGGCGUUGAAGAUAAACGCGAUGAUCGGGAUGUAUUUUCCUUAAUCGAUUCCAAAGUGAUUUCGGUUAAUGAAGCCCAGGAUAUCGCUAGACAGAUCGAUUCCGACCUGGAGAGAAUAACACUGAAUGACAUGCUCGUCUGUCGUCGUGUGUUUGUCCCCUCUGAUUGUUUUGUCGCGUCCCUCAGAGGCGGUAUUGGUGGGCAAUAUGAGACUACCGACGAACAACAGCCGGUUCUUUCCCUAGCAAUUUCACCCAGCACAGUUGCACUGAUCCAGAACGAAGUGCCUGCCUCAUCCUUUGUUGUCACCAUCGGUGCCCUCCGCAUCGACCGACUUGGUCACAUUGCCGAGGCCUCGGACUCUCUUGUUAGGAAAAACGAUCGUGAUAAUCCUGGAUACAUCUGCCCUAUUGGAUAUCGGUAUGGGUUUUAUUUAAGGUUCAUUAAUCGUGAAAUGAUUUCAAAAUGUCCUGUUAAUUUUAGUGCCCGGCGUAUCUACUGGAGUGUUCACAGUUUGGGCUCUCGUACAACGUAUACGUUGAAUGUUAGCCAAGUUCACAAGCCACCUGCGAUUUCAUUGCCCCAUUUGGAGUCCAUGCCGAAUUUAUCAAAUUCUCACAAGGACAAAAGGUGCCUUCCAAACUUUUCAUUGAAGAAUUGCGCCUACGAACACUCAAAGACCCUGCAUCCAACUCAACCCAUGCCGAAUACGUUAGAAAUUCCGGUUGCUGCGUCCGCCACUUCAACCUCACUACCUGGUUCAAUCAUUCCUACUCCUUGUAGUUCACGAAAUUCAGCUACGGCGUUUGAUCCUCACCCCAACAACCCCAUCGGUCUCCCCUCAAUCCGUUUUACCUUUCCACAAGGGGUGCCACCGAGUCGAUUCACCCAGAAGCCUCCAGCCGGCUCGCUUCAGCCCUCAGCGACAAAUUCAAGAUCUGAAAUCAGUCAGUCACUUACGACCUCGCCACCGCCCCCAUCAACUCAAAAGAUGACUAUUAGUUGUAGCAGCGCUAGUACACAGAAAGGCGCCUCAUCACAUUCCCAGCCCCUCAUUAUCACGGCAACGUCCUCUGCUCCGUCCCCACCGAAGUUUGCAACCAUUUUGUCUCCCCACAAGAACACAACUCCACGUAUUGUCAGUGCUGUCUCUGUUCCGAAAUCAAGUACGUCAUCUGGAGCUGUUGCGGUUUCCCUUCCAAACCCAAUUACUGUAUAUUCCAUCUCUUCUGCGAGUCAAAAUAGCUUAAUUACUCACGUCAACGUGGUAAAGCCACCCUCCAUUCAAGUACCUGAGAAUCGAGCUUCAAUUCACACCACCAUGAUUCAGCCAACCACUGUUGACGUCAAACGAGGCUCUACCCUCGUGCGCUGCGUUCCGGCUGCCAAUGUGAUUGUGGCCCCAAGCACUCCACCUCCUCAACAAACCAAAUCACACCUGGGUUCAAUCUCUCAGCCUGUGGUUAUUCAUCGCCUCGAUCGUGUCUUUGCGACCUCAUCUGUCGGAGGGACUACAUCGUCAGUUUACUCGUUUCCCCGAACUGUUCGCGUUGCUUCAGUGUCGACACCAGCAACGGUGACUUCAACUGGUGCCAGUGGAAAAUACCCUGUCACUAAUGUCGAUGAGUCCCAUCUAGCCUCGCAAUUAGAUGGCAUUUUUAGCAGCCUCAAGUCACCUGAAAAACUCACCAUUAUUCAGGCCUCGUCGAGCCUACCGAAAAUCGCUAACCCAACACAGGCCCCCGUGUCGCAGCAACAGCCCAUUCGUAUUCCCCAACUUAGUCAGCUUGACGGAAUCAAUGACAUGGAGGACAUGGAGGGCUUCCUGCCCUCUAAUCGUCACCCCGCCUUCCGUGAAAGCGCUGUCAGCGGCAGGGGCUGCUUUAUGCAGAAAGUGACUUCGGCGAAAAAGAAGUGGAUGCUUGAGCGUGAAAAUCGCCUUGAACUUAAUGAACGUGUCCUAAAGGCCAAACAAACCUUGACUGAUCGCAUGUACCAAAAAGAAGCGACCAGUUUUGCCGACUCAUUUCGACUUCAGUUCUCAGUAGACACAAUUGGGAAGGCUACGUAUACCCCAGCAGCAGCUUGGCGUGAAGUUGUUGACAGAGUAAUUAAACUCCGCACUGACCAAAAACUCCCCCAAAUGAUCGUUCAGGACAUUGAUGGGUGGUCGCAGUUCGGAUUAAAUCACCGACAUGUUGUUUUCCUUUUGGAGCAACUCCCGGGAGCCUUUAACUGUUACCGUUACCGAUUCCGAUAUCAUCAACAUCGGAUUAAUCGGCUUAGGGAGUCGUACAAACCACCAGUGCCCGUCCUCGAAGGUGCGGCGCGCUUGAUGCCGUGUUCCAAGGCGCCGCCUUCAAAAAGUCACGCGCGAGACCCACUAGCUUUCCUCCACUGUCGCGCCAACUACGCACCGCAUUCUUGUCUACCCUAUGACGUUUGCCUGGACCCAGGAGACGCUGUUGGCCCCGGCUGCGGAAAUAAUGGAGACAGAACGGAAGGAUGCUUAAAUGCAGCCCGUCAAGCAGCAUUUAUUGUCGCGAAUUCUCUUAAACUCCCUCCUAGGCUACAUGCACGCACUGUUGAGGCAGCCGUUGCUGAAGCUACCGCGGAUGCGGUGGAGGAAGCGGAGGAUGCGGCAGCUUCUGGGCGUGGUCGUAAUCAGUUGUCCCUUACCUACCAGUUGAAGAACCUGGUUUCUAGUUUGGAGGCCCGUCUUUCCCGCGUAUCGGUGCAUCCUUCGCCUAUCCACAAGCGCGGCCUCUUUGCUCUGCGCUCCUUCCGCCCCGAUGAGCUGAUUUGCGAAUACACCGGCGAGUUGAUUCGCAGCAUCAUCUGCGAACGGCGUGAGGCGAAGUACCAAGCCAGUGGCAUCGAUUGCUACAUGUUUAGAAUCGACAACGACUGGGUCAUUGAUGCCACCUGCGCGGGCAAUUAUGCACGAUUCAUCAACCAUUCCUGCCAACCUAAUUGUGAUGCCAAGGUUGUCAGUAUGGGCGACUCAAACCAUAUUGUUAUUAUCGCCAAACGCAGAAUUCUCCCUGGCGAAGAGCUAACUUAUGAUUACCGGUUUCCAAAGGAGGCUGAAAAAAGAGCCGAACAGUUUUCUCUCGAACUCAAGUGCAUCGACUCGAAUCAGCAUUUGAGGCAAAGCGCUACCUUUCCAGUGCUGAUCGCAUGUCGUUGGCGCGGACUCUACACCUUACGGAGAUGCAAGUCAAAGUGUGGUUCCAGAACCGACGCAAUAAAUGGAAGCGACAGAUUGCUUGCGGAUUUCUGCCAACGCUCACAUCUUCAAGCCCACGACAGUUCGGAAACCAUCGAAUGGCUGAAUAUACUCGAAUGCUGA